AUAGUAUUAGCGAGGACAAUAUAGUCCACUCAAGAAUCGGACCUUUAUCGAAGUCAUAAAAUGACACAUUCACUCGAUCAGCAAUACUCGGUGUCGUUGGAUUGAGAUUAGACGAUUAAUACUCGGUGUCGUUGGAUCGACAAUAUAGUCCACUCAAGAACCAACACGGAAAAAACACACACAUAGUAUACUACAAGAAAGACUAAGAAAGAAGAAACUUGUAAUAAACAAAAGUUAAGAAAGAAAAACAAAGUGUCUGUGUACGGGCGCGCGCAAAACAAUGGCACUGAAUGAUUUUUUCGCCGGCGAGAUAGCAACAGAGCUUAUAAAAAUGCUUGUAAGCAUAUCUAGAAAAUCUCUGUUAUGCAGAACAAGCGCAGAACAACUCAUAACAUACAUCAAUGAAAUCCUCCCAACAAUACAAGAAAUCAAAUACUCCGGCGUAGAAUUAACGGAGCAUCGACAGUUUGAUCUCGACCGCUUCUCAGAGAUUCUACGUUCCGGAGUAGAACUUUCUCACAAGGUACUCUCAUCAAGCAGAUGGAACGUAUACAAAAAUCUGCAGCUAGCAAAAAAGAUGGAAAAACUUGAAAAGAAUGUGUCAAGAUUCUUGCAGGGUCCUAUGCAGGCUCAUAUAUUGGCUGACGUGCAUCACACGCGAUUUGAGAUGGCUGAAAGGUUCGACCGGGUUGAUGCGUCGAAUAGGAAGUUGGAGCAGUAUUUUGGUGCUAUGAAGAUUGGUGUGGGAGGUGGUGGGUGGGUUGAGGAAGCUGUGAGGUCUUGUAUGGAGGAAGAUGAGAGUUGGGUUGAGGGUAAUUUGAGUGUUGGGUUGGAUUUAGGGAAGAAGAAAGUUAAGGAGAUAGUUAUGGGAAGAGAGGAUUUGUGGAUUGUUGGGAUUUGUGGGAUUGGUGGAUCUGGGAAAACUACUCUUGCUAGAGAGGUUUGUAGAGAUGAACAAGUGAAAUGUUAUUUCAAGGAGAAAAUAUUGUUUCUAACUGUUUCACAAUCUCCAAAUGUGGAUCAGCUAAGGACAAAGAUUUGGGGACACAUCAUGGGAAACAGAAGUUUGAAUCCAAAUUAUGUUGUUCCUCAAUGGAUACCACAAUUUGAAUGCAGAAGUGAAGCAAGAACCUUAAUUGUUCUUGAUGAUGUUUGGUCACUUUCAGUUCUUGAACAGCUUGUUUGUAGAAUACCAGGUUGUAAGUUUGUUGUUGUUUCUAGGUUCAAAUUCCCAACAAUAUUCAAUGCAACUUAUGAGGUUGAAUUGUUGAGUGAAGAGGAUGCUAUGUCUUUGUUCUGUCACCAUGCUUUUGGACAGAAAUCAAUCCCUUUUACAGCUAAUGAGAAUUUGGUCAAACAGGUUGUGAGUGAAUGUGAAAAGCUUCCAUUGGCUCUAAAAGUGAUUGGAGCUUCACUGAGAGAUCAGACAGAACUGUUUUGGGCAAGUGUUAAAAACAGGUUAUCUCAAGGCCAAAGUAUUGGAGAAUCUCAUGAAAUCAACCUUAUCGAAAGAAUGGCGAUAAGUAUCAACUACCUUAAAGAAGAGAUGAAGGAAUGUUUCUUGGACUUGUGCUCAUUCCCUGAGGAUAAAAAAAUACCUCUAGAUGUUCUGAUCAAUAUGUGGGUUGAAAUUCAUGAUAUUGAUGAGAAAGAUGCUUUUGCUAUUGUUGUUGAACUCUCCAAUAAAAAUCUUCUCACAUUGGUGAAAGAAGCGCGUGUUGGUGGCAUGUACAGCAGUUGCUUUGAGAUCUCAGUUACUCAACAUGAUGUACUUAGAGACCUCGCACUUAAUUUGAGUAGCCGCGAAAGUAUUAAUGAAAGGCGGCGAUUAGUUAUGCCAAAACGAGAGAAGGGACUCCCUAAGGAGUGGCUAAGACACAAGCACAAACCGUUCGAAGCACAAAUUGUUUCAAUUCACACAGGUGAAAUGAAGGAAAGGGAUUGGCAUAAACUUGAAUUUCCAAAAGCUGAAGUUCUGAUUAUAAAUUUCACAUCCAAGGAUUACUUUUUACCUCCUUUCAUAGAUAGAAUGCCAAAUUUGAGAGCAUUGAUAGUAAUAAACUAUAGUGCAUCCUAUGCUUCUCUUCACAAUGUUUCAAUUUUCAACAAUUUGGCCAACUUAAGAAGCUUAUGGCUUGAAAAAGUUUCUAUCCCUCAAUUUGGAAGCAUUAUCAUGGAAAACUUAGGCAAGUUAUUUAUAGUCUUAUGUAAGAUUAAUAACAAUUUAGAGGGUAAAGAUGUAAAUCUAUCUCAAAUCUUUCCUAGCCUCUCUGAACUCACUCUUGAUCAUUGUGAAGAUGUUACUAACUUGCCCUCAAGCAUUUGUAAGAUACAGUCACUACAAAACUUGAGUCUCACAAAUUGUCACAAUUUGGCUCAACUUCCUGUCGAAUUAGGCAUGCUAAGUUCGCUAGAGAUUCUCCGGUUAUACGCUUGUCCGGAAUUGAAAACGCUUCCUCCUAGCAUUUGCAACAUGAUUAGGUUGAAGUAUAUCGACAUUUCGCAAUGCGUUAACUUGACAUGUUUCCCGGAAGAGAUCGGUAAAUUGGUAAGCUUGGAAAAGAUUGACAUGAGGGAAUGUUCCAUGAUUAAGAAUGUGCCAAAGUCUGCCAUUUCAUUGAAGUCUUUGAGGCUUGUAAUUUGUGAUGAGGAAGUGUUUGGUAUUUGGAAAGAUGUUGAGAAGGCUAAGCCAAAUGUUCAUGUUCAAGUGUCAGAGCAGUACUUUGAUUUGGAAUUCCUUAGAGAGUGAAUGGUGUCUUAUGUUCUUGUGAUGUUUGCACCAUAAUUAUUUGUAAAUACUUGUCCAUAAUUGUAUUUAAUGUAAAUUAAGGCAUAAUUUUAUUAUUACUCUUAAGUACUUCCAAA